GACGAGGUAAAAAGAAGUACAUGUGAUACUGGCAAGGCUAGGUGGACAAGCAAAAGUUUACAAGUCUGUUUUGUUAAUAAGGGCGGUUUUUUCUGAUUCAAAGUAGCAGUUAGCAGAUGUGUUUGUGUAUUAAAUGAGUGAGAUUGUUAAACUGUACCUUUCAGUAGGGCGUGCGUAUUUUGGAACACUAGCUAGCAUAGCAUCGAAGACAAUCAGUAUUUGGUUUGCAUAAUACCCCAAAACACGACCAAUGUCCAGCGACACUGUCAAAGAUUUAAAACCGUGGCAGGAGAGGAAUGAUGUUGCCUCUGAGAACAAGGAUGGACAGAACGGUGCUGAUAACGGACAUAUAGAAACUCUCUCAAAAAACCAGAGGAAGAAGCUUAUGAGGCAUCAGAAAUGGGAGGAGGAGAGAACCCUUCGGAAGCAGAGGCGGAAGGAGAAGAGGCUGAAGAGGAGCCUGGAGAGGAAGGCCCAGGGCGAGGAGGGAGGGGAGCUUGUGCCGAGCCGGAAGCGCCUGAGGAAAGAGGUGAAGCCCAGCAGCCCCCUGAGACUGGUGAUAGACUGCAGCUUUGACAGCCUCAUGAUGUUUAAGGAUGUGCGGAAGCUCCAUAAGCAAAUCCAGAGGUGCUACGCAGUGAACCGGCGAGCACUGCACCCUGUACAGUUUUAUCUGACUAGCCUGGGUGGGCAGCUGAAGCAGAACAUGGAUAAGACGGACGAGGGUUGGGUCAACUGGAAGGAGAUUAUGGUGAGGACGGAGGCGUACCACGAGGUGAUGGGCAAGGAGGAGCUGGUGUACCUGACCUCUGACUCGCCCAACGUCUUGGCGGAGCUAGACGAGACCAAGGCCUAUGUCAUUGGAGGCCUUGUGGACCAUAAUCACCACAAGGGGAUCACCUUCGAGCGGGCAAAGGAGUUGGGAAUUGACCAUGCGCAGCUCCCGCUGAACAGCUUUGUCAAGAUGAACAGCCGUAAAGUGCUGGCGGUUAACCAUGUGUUUGAGAUUAUGCUGAAGUACCUUGAGAAGAGGGACUGGCAGGAGGCCUUCUUUACUGUCCUGCCUCUACGUAAAGGAGCAAUUCCCCUGGGCCAGGAGGGCACCGCCACAGAAGACAAGGAUGGGGGCGGGGAGGAGGAUUCUGACAGCGACUCAGACACAGAGACAGUCACACAAGACACCCCCAAAACACAGCGCCCAAAGGAGAGAGAGUGGGGAGCACAGGAUACACUGCAGUCAGAAGAGGCCCCAUAAAGGCCAGUCUGUGGCCCACAAAAGCCAACAGCUACUUCCGCAUCUUAAUAUAAAUCGAUUACACAAGGUUUGAUUUAAUGAAUUUUGAGUUUGAGUUUUGAUUGCAGAAUUAUAGAUCAUUUUAGUCUGUGUUUUAUUUAAUUUGUUGAUUUCAGCUAUAUUUAAUGAAUGAUAUUUUUCUUGGAGUGCUUAUAUUAAGUGAACAAGUUGUAUAUUAAGUGAACAACAAUAACCAUACCUUUUUUGUAUUCUGCAGCAAGUCUUGCAUUGCUUGUUUAUUAAAUUGUUUAUUUCUUAUUUUUCAAUAAACAACUGGCAGGUAUUACUGGAAUAAACAGAGUCUUUAAAUUUCA